GGCAGCUGGCGAGCGGUCGAUCGCGCACUCCAAGAUCAAUUCCAAGUCCGAGAUUCGCUGGCUGGAGGUCAGCUGCUGCUCCUACUGCAGCUGCAACCUGGUUCCGUUUUCCAACCAGAUUCAAAGAUUGUUGCACAAUCGAACGGGUUCACGGGGCGCAUACGCAACGCGCUGCGAUAAUAAGUUGCGCAUACGUCACGGUGCCGCGAAUAUUGAACCGCUGGCCAGUUAUCGUACGACACUCGACGGUUGACAACGCGCAAAUCUCACGUGUGACACCUGUUUGGCCCUUAACUAUAAUCUAACCAUGGGCUACGACGACGUCAUCACCCACCUGGGUGAAUUUGGACCGUAUCAGAAGCGCAUUUACUACCUUCUCUGCCUGCCGGCCAUCGUUUGUGCAUUCCACAAGUUGGCCGGUGUAUUCCUGCUGGCCAAGCCCGACUUUCGAUGUGAGUUGCCCUACGAGAAUGGCAGUGCCACCUAUGAGCUACCCACCCACCUGUGGAACCUCUCGUUUCCCGUGGGGGAAAGGUGUGCCUACUACGAUGUGGAUUACAGUGGGGAGUACCUAAAUGGCAGUCAGCCCAGGACUAGUAAUGAAACCAAGAGCUGUUCCCGCUAUGUUUAUGACCAGAGCAAGUUCCUCAAUAGUGCUGUGACCGAAUGGAACCUGGUUUGUAACCGGGCUUUCCUGGCAGCCACCAGUGAUUCCAUCUUCAUGCUGGGCGUGCUCCUUGGGAGCUUCAUCUUUGGCCAGAUGUCCGACAAGCUGGGACGCAAGCCCACCUUCUUCACCUCGCUGGUUCUUCAGAUGAUCUUUGGUGUCCUGGCCGCCGUGUCGCCCGAGUACUUCAGCUACACCAUUUCGCGAAUGAUUGUGGGUGCCACCACGUCGGGAGUUUUCCUCGUGGCCUAUGUGAUUGCCCUGGAGAUGGUGGGCUCUUCGUAUCGCCUUUUUGCCGGAGUGGCCAUGCAGAUGUUCUUCUCGGUGGGAUUUAUGCUCACAGCGGGAUUUGCCUACUUCAUCCACGACUGGAGAUGGCUGCAGAUUGCCUUGACCUUGCCGGGACUCCUCUUCAUCUGCUACUAUUGGAUCAUUCCGGAGUCUGCCCGCUGGCUUUUGCUCAAGGGUCGCCAGGAGGAGGCCUUUGUGAUCAUCAAGAAGGCGGCCAAGGAGAACCGAGUGCAGAUUCCCAAUCAGAUCUAUGAUCAGCUGGUGGACGAGGUGGCCGAAAAGAAGAAACAGGAUGAGCUGACGGCAAACCAGCCGGCGGCCACCGUUUUUGAUCUCCUCCGGUUUCCCAAUCUCCGCCGGAAGACUCUCCUAAUCUUCUUUGAUUGGUUUGUAAACAGUGGUGUCUACUAUGGUCUCUCGUGGAACACAAAUAACCUGGGUGGCAACCAACUGGUUAACUUUAUGAUCUCUGGCGCCGUCGAGAUUCCUGGCUAUGUGCUGCUCUUGUUCACCCUCAAUCGCUGGGGUCGUCGCUCCAUCUUGUGUGGAACCAUGAUGAUAGCUGGGGUUAGUCUCCUGGCCACCAUCUUCGUGCCCAGUGACAUGAACUGGCUGAUCAUCGCCUGCGCCAUGAUUGGGAAACUGGCCAUCACCUCGUCCUAUGGUACCAUCUACAUCUUCUCGGCGGAACAGUUCCCCACGGUGGUGAGGAAUGUGGGUCUGGGAGCCUCCUCCAUGGUGGCCCGAGUGGGUGGCAUUCUGGCACCCUACCUCAAGAUGCUGGGCGAGAUCUGGCGACCACUGCCGCUGAUCAUCUGCGGAGCUUUGUCCCUCACUGCUGGCCUGCUGUCCCUUCUUCUCCCAGAGACCCUGAACAAACCCAUGCCGGAGACCAUUGAGGAUGGGGAGAAUUUCGGGAAGAAGUCUUCGGCGCCACAAGAAGCUCAAGAGCUAACCGGGAUGCUCAAUGGAAAGUCCAGCUAAUUGGAGCUGGAUUGCGAGACAGGCACUUUACUCAAUCUAAACUAAUGGCCUUAAUUGGCUCGCGCCCUGGUCAUUUCAACGAAUUUAAGCAUUCCGCGCAUUUCCAUUUCUCUAGAGACAUUCCAAUUCAUUCCAUUCUAAACUGAACUCAACUCUAUUUGUUUACCUUUAGAAGCGUUUUAAUAAAAGAAAUGUAAAUAUAAAUGGUAA